GUAAUUCCUAGUGACAUAAUUACUAUACAGUAAGUACAUCAAGCCAAGGAUUUUGUCACCUUUGUCGUCGUCUUGGCAACCCUAUUCGAUCAUUCAACUUCACCAACUGAAACUCAACAUAACCCAUCAUGCGACCCGCCCUUCGGAAAACUCAAUCUUCACCCAACGGACUCAUCCCAGAUUCUUCUUCCUCCCUUUCCCUUCCUAGUGGGAUUAGCACCCCUGUUCAACCUUCUUCUCCUCCUCCGCUCAUGUCUUCCCACAGCUCUAAAGUGAGCGUUGUUUUACCUGACAAGAUCAAAUUCGUCAAUGAUACUCCGAUGCACUCUUCUUUACACACUCCCAGUGUUGGAGGAGUGGGUUUGCCAAGGACGAGAAGUGGGAGUAGUGGACAAGGAGCUAUAGAGGGAAAGUAUAGGAGGAAAGUCGGAUUUGAAGCUUUUGAAGCUGGUCCUGCUACUUUAUUCGCUUAUACCUGUCAAGCAAAAAGUGAAGGAUAUAAAAGACAUCGGAACACUCGCGUGUUCGCAGUGGCCGUCUCGGCUGAUGAAUCUGGUGAAGAUGCUCUAGAUUGGCUCAUGUCGGAAUUAGUAGAAGACGGUGAUGAAGUGGUAGCUAUCCGGGUGAUUGAAUUGGAUGAGGGAGAACGGACUGAUCCUCAAGCUCAGGAAGAGUUUAGGGAAGAUGCUCAUUCUCUUUUGGCGACUAUUCUAGAUAAGAACAAUGAAGCAGAUGGUAGACGGAUAUCCGUAGUGGUUGAAUUCGUAGCUGGUAGAGUUACUGAAAUGUUACUCAAAAUGAUUGCACUCUAUCGACCAGACUCGUUGAUCGUCGGUACAAAAGGUGCUAAAUCACGACUCCAAUCAUGGGGUAUGGCUCUAGGUGCUCCUGGUAUGGGCUCUGUAUCACGUUACGCAGUUUCUCAUUCUCCCGUACCGGUCAUCGUCGUUCGUCCCGAACGUAAAGUUAAGAAAACGCUUGAGAAAAGACAAAACGAUCCUAAGCGUGGACAAUACGCUGCUAUCGUCGGACCGGAGGGAUUAUCCCUUUCUCGAAGUAGGAGUAGGGGUAGUGCUGGUGGACGAGAGGAUGAUUAAACUUCGUGAUAUUUAUCCCUUACCUAUCUAUAUAAAUGUAUAUCAUAUUUCUUC